GCUCUCCGCAAUGAUAAAAAAACGCUGGGAUUUUAUUAUAGAAGAUCUCUGGUUAGCAUUAGCGUUUAUCUCUCGCAGGUGACCCGUAGUUCUAAUGUGACCCGAACUGAAACACAUCAUCAGAUACAAUGGUUACUCCUCCAGCAUAUGAAGACCUUGGAAAGGCUGCAAAGGAUGUUUUCAAUAAGGGCUAUGGUUUUGGAAUGGUGAAAAUCGACAUCAAAACCAAGUCUGCAAAUGGAGUGGAGUUCAGGACAUGUGGCUCAUCGAACAUGGACACAAACAAGGUCGGUGGGAACCUGGAGACCAAGUACAAGUGGGCCGAAUACGGACUAACCUUCACUGAGAAGUGGAACACAGACAACACGCUCGGGACGGAGAUCACUGUGGAAGACCAGCUGACUAAAGGAAUGAAGACGACCUUUGACACAACCUUCUCGCCAAACUCUGGAAAGAAGAGUGGCAAGGUGAAGACGGCCUAUAAGCGUGAAUAUCUAAACGUGGGCUGUGAUGUGGAUUUUGACUUUGCCGGUCCUGCGAUUCACGGAGCCGCUGUGGUGGGAUACGAGGGCUGGCUCGCCGGCUACCAGAUGACCUUUGACUCGGCCAAGUCUAAAAUGACCCGCAGCAACUUUGCAAUCGGAUACACAACCGAAGAUUUCCAACUGCACACCAAUGUAAAUGAUGGCACAGAGUUUGGCGGCUCUAUUCAUCAGAAAGUGAAUGAUAAUUUGGAGACAGCAGUGAAUCUGGCCUGGACCACCGGCAAUAACAGUACACGCUUCGGCAUCGCCGCCAAAUACAUGCUGGACUCGAACACGUCUAUUAGUGCUAAAGUGAAUAAUUCCAGCCUGGUUGGAGUUGGCUACACUCAGACAUUAAGACCCGGAGCGAAGCUGACUCUAUCGGCUCUGGUGGAUGGAAAGAGCAUCAACAAUGGAGGACAUAAACUGGGUCUGGGACUCGAGCUGGAGGCGUAACGACCAAAACACCCCAUCCCGUUCGCCAGCAGAGAAGGGAAUCUUUGUCUCUGCCGUUGUGUAUUUCUGGCUCAUGAUGAAACAUCUGGAUAGUGAAGAGAGAUUUCUAAACAUGCAUCUGUUUGCUGAUAGAUCACAGUCGCUUCUUGUGUUGAACCCAAACCCAAACCGAAAGACGAUGAGUGUUUAAAGGUAUAGUUUAUUUACUCACCCUCAUGUCAUUCCAAAGCUGCUUUCUAUGCAUUGACUGUUUAUAGUGGCCACAACUGUUAAGCAGCAUAAAUAUUUCAAGCGUUUUGUAAUCUAAAAGCCACUUUAUUCUCCACCACCACAGCACUCAAAUCUACAGAUCCCCUUUUAUGAAAUAGUUUUGUGUUCCCUUGCAAUGUCUUUAUCUAUCCCUUACAACAAGGCAUAGCCAUGGCAACCUAUUUUAUCCAUGAUAUACGUAAUAAAGCCAUAGUAACAAUAGUGGGAAUACGAAAAUCAUAAUAAUUCUGCCAAAAAACUAAACAAAAGCAUGGUAACUAAAGUUUUACUACAGUAACACCUUGGUUCAUUUGUGGUACAAGUACGGCAUUGUAUGGAUUUACUAUAAUAGAGCUGCGGUAACUAUGUAAACAUUUUAUUUGUAUUUUUUUUUAAAUCAUAGUAUGCACAAAUUAAGCACGGUCUUACUGUAGUAAAAGGAUGGAUUAAGGGAUUGCGAGGGAAUGCAAAACAAUUUCAGAAAUUCCCUCCCGGUUUUAAACUGGGAAAAAUAUCAGGGAAUAAUAGUGCAAUUUUCUAUAUUGUAUUUUUAAGUAAAAAAGCGAACUUUUGACCAUAUUAUAGUUUAAUUUUGAUUUCUGAAAACUGGUCGAAAAUGACGCGGUUAAUCAUGAUUGCUUUAUUUUUUUGAGCCACAGUUUUAUUCAAAUCUGCAUUUAGUUUUGUGCAAAAUUAUUUAAAAAAAUAAUAAUAUUGAAAACAUGCAUAAUUCAGUGAGAUUACUUGAGUUUUAUCUUUAGUUUCUGCUCGAAACUGUAAUCGGAACAGUAUUUAUUGUGAAACUGCUAUAAAAAUACCUUUUGAAUUGAAUUUGAAAUGUUUCUCUUCAGGUUUUUACAUCUAAUUUUACCGUGAUAUUUAAAAAUCGCCAUCAGCUUCAUACAAAGUAAAUAUGUUUUCAGAUAUUUUAAUAUUUGACGAGUUUCUUUUUAUCUUUAGUGCAAUAACAAUACGUUUGAAAGCAUGCUGUGUUUAUAUCAUCAUUUCAUUAUUUUUCUCACACAGUAUAAUCAGGAAUUUACUCAUUAAAAUGAAUAGCUUGCUUAAAAUUUUAGGAAGGGCAUCCUUGAGGCCGAAACCCCUGUUUUAACGGGUUCCGUAAAAGUCUAAUUCGCAAUUGCGUUCAGAUUUAAAAAUGCCCAUUGAAGUCCUGCGGCUUUCGUGAUAUUAGUUUUCACGUUCAGUUAUCUUUAUUUACUGUUUUUACUGUAAUUACUGGUGCUGUAAAAAGGUGCAUAACUAUUGAACAAUUCUGCUCUUGUGUUCCAAAGCAGGUUUGGAACGACAUGAAGGUGCGUAAAUAAUGAUGGAAUUUAUUUUUAAAUGUCUAAAGAUUCCAUCAAUAUUGUUUUGAUUGUAUAGUCAAUCUUCUCCUGCUUUAGAGAUUAAUCUGCAAUUUUAUACCCACUGCUGUUAGUGAUGUUCAAACGUCUGGAUCUGCUGUAGGUAGUCGGUUUGUUGUUCAUAGCCAAAAGUUGUUGAGCCGGGGGCGGGGUCACCAAACUAGAUUGCGCAGCCUUAAAGCCCAGGGCACCCCCGGGCAGUCAAGGGCCCCUGGGCACUGGCCCCGGUUGGUAAUCCGUCCCUGACGUAAACCAUGCAAGAACCCUUGUGUAUGUCGACCUUUGCAAUAAAGUCUUUAA